AUGGCUCCUAUCUCGAUCGCGGACCUCGUGGCCGCCCUUCCCUCCGAGGACUCCUGGGGCCCCUCCUCCACCGCCGACAACAUGUUGAACGGUGUGCCUUAUGCCCCCUUCUCCAAGGGUGACAAGCUUGGCCGUAUGGCUGACUGGACUGCCGAGUCCAAGGAUCGUGAGCGUCAGGGUCGCCAGCAGUACAACCGUAACUUCAGAGACCAGCAGGUUUACGGCGCCGGUUCCACCAGCCUGUUCACCGUCCAGGCUGCCGAAGAUGAGUCCUCCUUCUCCGUUGUCGACAACACUCGUACCUCUACCAAGCGCACCUUUGGCCGUGGUGGUGGCACCGUUUUCCGUGGUCGUGGACAGCGCGGCGGUGUGGCUGGCCAGCGUGGUGGUGGCCGUGGUGGUUUCCAGCGUGCUGGUGGUGGUCGUGGCCAGGGUGACCGCUCCUACGACAGCCGUGGCAACCGUGGUGGCCGUGGUGGCCGUCGCUUCGGCUGGAGGGAUUACGACAAGCCCCAGCGCACUCGUGAGGCGUCCGUUAACGUUCGCCCCGACUGGCAGAUGCUGGAGGAGGUUGACUUCAACCGUCUGUCUAAGCUGAACCUCGAGACCCCCGAGGGUGAGGACCUUGACUCCUAUGGUUUCUUGCACUACUACGACCGAUCCUACGACCGUCCCCCAGUCAAGAAUGCCGAGCGCAGACUCCAGGCUCUCGAGCGUGCCGCCUACAACGUCACCACAUCGCAGGACCCCAUCAUUCACGAACUCGCCGAGAAGGACCAGGCCACCGUCUUCGUCACCUCCGACAUUCUCUCCAUGCUCAUGUGUGCUACCCGCAGUGUCUACUCGUGGGAUAUCGUUAUCACCCACCAGGGCAACAAGAUCUUCUUCGACAAGCGUCCCGGUGCUUCUAUGGAUCUUGUUAGCGUUAACGAGAACGCUCAGGACGCUCCUCUCGAGAUUUCUGAGGCCUCCGGCAAGCAGGAGCAGAUCAACACCCCCGGUGCUCUUGCCAUGGAGGCCACUUUCAUCAACCACAACUUUGCCCUACAGACCGUGACCGAGUCCGAGGAUGCCAAGAUCUCCUUCGCUCAGCCCAACCCCUUCUACAACGAGGCCGAGGAGACUGAUCCCCUCGCCUCCAAGGGUUACAAGUACCGCCGUUUCGAUAUCUCCUUGGAGCGUGAUGAGGAGCCCCUGCAGCUUAUUGUCCGUACCGAGGUUGACGCUGUUAUGAAGAGCCCCACCGGCGGCCCUGACCAGCAGUUGAUCGUCAAGGCUCUCAACGAGUUCGACAGCAAGGCCAUUGGCUCUGGCGGUGCCCUUGACUGGCGCAGCAAGCUCGUCUCGCAGCGUGGUGCCGUUAUCGCCACUGAGAUGAAGAACAACUCCUGCAAGCUCGCUCGCUGGACCACCCAGGCUAUCCUGGCCCAGGCCGACGGCAUGAAGCUUGGUUUCGUGUCCCGUGCCAACCCUCGCUCCGCCGCUGGCCACAUUAUCCUCGGCGUUGUUGGUUACAAGCCCCGCGAGUUCGCAGCUCAGAUGAACCUGAACCUCGGCAACGGUUGGGGUAUUGUUCGCACCAUCGUGGACCGUAUCCGUGGCCUAGAUGCUGAUGAGCCUGCUGAUGCUCUGAAGAAGUACGUCCUCAUCAAGGACCCCAACCGCUCUGUGCUCCGUCUGUACAGCGUGCCUGCCACCACCUUCGAGGAGGAUGAGGAGGCUGAGGUUGAGGAGAAGAACGAGGAGGAUGACGAGGAGAAUGAUGAGUAA